UUCCUGCCUCUAAGUCCCUGGCUAAAAAGACGAGGACCUCCACCGACAUUGAUCAAGAAUUCCGCAACCCAAGACCAAGGAAACUCUGCGCACCAUAAUGAUGUUUGUAUCACCCCGGAGUCGCCGCCUAUCACGCCGUGGUGACAGCAGCAAAAAAAAACGUUGUGAAAAAGCUCCCGAAAAUUUCACUGACCAUGCUGCGUAAUCUAUCUAUCUAUCUAUCUGAAUGGCACAGAAGUGUGACGUCGACCUGGGACUGUCCCUACAAAGAUGCUCUCCAACACGAACCUCGUAUGGUUUGCCCUCGCGAUUACAUCCGUCAUAUUAUGGGUGCGCCGUCGACCUGGGCGAAAUCUUCCUCUUCCCCCAGGGCCUAAGCCAGAUCCAUUACUUGGCCACUUGCGCAUGAUACCUGGCGAGAACCAACCUGAUGUGUUUUCUGAAUGGGCGAAGAUCUACGGAGACGUGAUGUACCUGGAGGUUCUCGGCCGCAAGAUGGUUAUCUUAGACAAAAUCGAGGACGCAAAGGCUCUUUUGGAUAACAGGGGGGCAAACUACAGCUGCCGGCCGAAAAUAGCUACCUUCGACAUAAUGGGAUAUAAACGCUUUCUAGCGUUUAUGCCGUAUGGUGCACAAUUCAUUAAACAUCGAAAGAUGGUACAGCAAUAUUUCGGAAAGAAGGAAUCCCUCGUCUUCACACCCGGCAUUGCGGAAGAGGCACGACUUCUCGUCAAAAAUCUUCACCAGUCGGCAUCUGGUCGGCAUUUAGAUUACAUCCGUCGAUUCACCGUAUCAUGCAUUAUGCGAGCUGCAUUCGGUCAUCAAGUGAAAUCGGACGACGAUAUCUUCCUGGCUAUUGGGCAUCAAGCAUCAUAUGGCAUAAACAAUUGUGGACAAGGAGGAAAUAAUAUUGUGGAUUUCUUUCCAUGGUUACGCCACUUUCCAUCUUGGUUUCCUGGAACCUAUUACGCCGACCUGGCGAGGUCUUGUUAUCAAAACGUGCGGGACCUGCACGAUGUUACUGUGGAUUUUGUAAGGAAUGGGAUGGUGAAUAAGACAGUUGAAAAAUGCUUUGUGUCGGAUCAGCUGGAGGAACUUGGUGGCCAAGAUAACCCAGAUCUUGAACUCGAGGAUAUCAAAGGCGCUGCGGCGGCGAUCUUUAUAGCUGGGGAAGACACAGCAUACGUGACCAUUUCUGUCUUCCUUCUCGCAAUGGUUUUGAACCCUGAAUGUCAACGACGGGCAUACGAGGAAAUAAUUUCUGUUGUGGGCCAGGGUCGUCUACCUGACUUGAGCGACCGGGGAUCUCUCCCCUAUCUAGAAUGUAUCAUGCAAGAAACAUAUCGCUGGCAUCCCGUUGCGAGCUUCGUACCUCAUAGGGCUCUCGACGACGACAUCUACAAAGGAAUGUUCAUUCCUAAAGGCGCUAUUGUCUUUGCGAAUAAUAAGUCCAUGGCGAAAAAUGAACGCGUCUAUCAUAGCCCUACGACGUUUGAUCCGGUUCGGUACCUCCCGGCUCCUGAGGGAAGGGGGGAACCACAUUUGACUUCGAUUUGGGGCUACGGUAGGCGAAUAUGCCCUGGUCGACAUUUUGCCGACAUUGUGAUCUGGACUGCAAUGGCAUGUAUAUUAGCAACAUUGGAAAUCCUCCCACCGAAGGAUGGAAAGGGAAAUGUAGUACUACCAGAAUUGAAGCCCACAGAUGGUAUAAUCACUGGCAUUGCGCCGUUCAAUUUUGAAGUCCGCGCUCGUUCAGAGAAGGCUACAUCUCUGAUCGUGGCGAUUGAGUAG